GUUUCUACAGCAAGUCGCUGGGGUCAGUUUAGACAUACAGAACACGUCAGAAACCCAUGCGACUAUCUGUUUGACACCCUCCCUGUUAGACUUAAGUGCUAUGUAAAUGGACAGCGACUGAAGCACUGCAGCAAGCAUGGCUUUAGAGCAACUCAGUGAUGUCGUCCAGAGAUGUCAAGCUGUUGAAGAUUACAACUACACAUCGGAAGAUUAUGAUGUGUUCCAGAUUGCAGGGCGAGCCUGCAUAGAGGAGGGAGACAGUGCUCAGGUCCUGAGUAUUGUUGUAGAUGAGAAAAAUAAGGACAUUGUGAGAUGUAUGGGCUGGAAUCUGCUUGGUCCUUUGGUUCAGAUUUUGCUAAAGAAGGAAGACAAGAACCUUCCACACUGCCUCGCCAUCUUCACACACCUCGUGGAGGUUUGCAGUCCAAAAGAGCUGCUGGUUGGCUUGUUGGAGCAGGUCGAGGAGGCCCACCCUGACUCCAUCUCAGAGACGGUCAUCCUUCUACUGAUGCCUCUACAGAAAGUGCUGCUGCGCCUGGGGAGGCGGAAGGCGUCCUCGGUAGGCAUGGCUCUCUCCACCCUGCUGGGCCAGGUGGCCAGGCUGCCCGUGCCCCAGACCAGGGAGCAGGAGGAGGACGAUGUGUUUGGCCUGUGUCGCUGCUGCUCCACUCUGCUGGUCUUCGUCAGGCCCUUUGUGGCGGAGGCCAAGCAGAACCUCCAGGCCCGGAGCGGCACGCUCACUCACACGGCCAAGGAGGACGAGCUGAGGACGGAGCUGCUCAAGUUUUGCAUGAAGUGUCUGUGUGAGCCGCUGUUGGAGGUGCAGCUGAGGGAUCCAGCCACUCUGGCAGAGUCGCCCCUCAGGGAUUUUGCCACAGAGAUCCUGGAUAUUCUAUCGGGCAUUGGUGAGUCCAUUCCCAACCUGCUGUGCCAUUCUCUGCUGUGUCGGAGGGAGAUGCCAGGCUUCCUGGAGGAGGAGGUGCGCUACCCUAAAGAGUCCCUGGCCAGUCUGGCCUAUCUGCUGUUUGUCCAGCACCUAGCCAUGGACACCUUCCCCUCAGUCUUCAGCCCGGUCUUUAUUCUUCAGUGUAAUAUGGAUUACGUCAACCUCUUCUUAAGCAGAACGGAAGAAUCUCGACUGCAGAAAGGACUGGACCUGUAUGAGAGGAGCCUGGCCCGGGUGGAGGACAACAGUCUCUCUGUGCAGCUCCUGGAGCUCAAGUCCUUCAUCAGUGUCCCUCAGAACCUGGUGAAAGUCAUGACGUUGUGCCCGAUAGAGACCCUGAGAACUAAAGGACUAAAAUUGUUGCAGUUGAGCAUCGAUAAGUUUGACACCGAAGCCAAAUACAAGUUCUUCCAAUGUAUGCUGAAGAUAAGUCACCACUCAGGGGUAGAGGGAUACAUCAUCAAGAACAUCAGAAACCAGAUUGACUUUUCACUGAAGCCGGGUCAGGGGAACGAGUGGUUCCUGGGGCUCCACCUGCUCCCCCUGCUGCGCCUGGUGCUGUGUCUUCCUCAGGGCCCGGAGACAGACCUCCUUCAGAACCUGGACAGGGUCAUGGAGUCUCUGAACCUCCUGCGGUACAUGUUGAUCAGAGACAAGGAGUGGGAGAACCAGACAGGGAUUUGGACAGAGCUGUAUAAGAUAGAAGAUAACUAUAUGAAGCCGUUGCGUGUGGGGCUCAACAUGUCCAAGGCUCACUAUGAGGCUGAGCUCAGGAGCACCAAGGACAGCCAAAGGACCAACGCCAGAGCAGGAUCCCAGAUACAAGAUUCAGUGUGCUCUGUCAAUGUGGGGAGUGAGAAGUUGCCGAACAUGACGCCAGAGAUGCAGCUACAGGUUCUUCACUCGGCCCUGCACACGUUCGACAUGAUUGAGAGUGUCCUCGCGCGCAUCGAGGAAAUCAUCGAGGUGAAAGACAAAGCGUGAGCAACCAGGGCGGCUGCAGUCUCAGAGCCAGGUGGCCCUGCCACUGUGUCGCACCAGCCACUUCCACCAGCCAUGGAGCCUCCAUUCGUUUAGGUCUCUGGGCCUAAUCGACCUCAAGUCUAACUUUUCUGGGGUCAUGAUGCAAAGUUACAGUAUGUGAUUGAGGUUGUUACGCACUUUUGUCAUUUGUUAUGGAACGAACAGCUUUAAGCUUCGACUAGCAGGACAAGACUGUCAUUUCUUUAGUUAUGUCAUUUCACUAAAUCGGUAGACCUCUACCCUUGUCCAUCCUGUUGCACUGGAUGUUCAGAAUACCUUCCUGUGAAAGUCUUCAGAUGUGGAGCGGGUGUAGGGGUCAUUUGUGACCUCUUAAAACGUAAAUGCUAGACGUGACUUCCAUUCAUUCAUAUUAGGGCUUUGCUUUCACAAUUCCUUUGCUAUUCUUCGUACUUGUCAUUUUGUUCCCCCAUACCAGCUUUCUUGGCUUAUUCAGGUAAAUCAUGUCAUAGUGUGGGUAAAUACAGUCUACCCUUUCUAACCCAGUUGUG